CGCUCGCUUGUAGCGUUCAUCCUUUCGUAGUGGUGGUGUCGUUCCCGAAUUAUGUUUACCUAAUUCCGUCACGCGUCGCGACACAAUCAACUCCGUACGCGCUUAGCCCGUUCAGUGCGGGAGCAGCAUCGUGCGCGACACAACAAGGAAUCUCCGGACUGAAUUAAAAUGGCCGCACCACCAACUAGCAAUGGUUCGGCUCGCCGGCGGCGGCGAGUGAUCGUGGACGUUGACGUCGGGACGGACGACGCGUGGGCUUUGUUGCUGCUGCUCAAGUGCGAGCGGAAGUACAACUUUAGCGUUGAGGCGAUUACCUGUACGCACGGGAAUACCGAUGUGCACAAUGCUACGAGGAAUGUGGUGAGGAUUUUGGGUGCUAUUGGGAGGACGGAUGUUCCGGUUUAUCGAGGGGCGGAGGAACCGCUGGCGACGCCGAUCCUGGAGAGGGAGCGACACUUUCACGGCGUGGACGGGUUUGGCGAUUUGAACUUUCCGGAUGUGGUGGACGAGGGGUUGAUAAGGGCUGAGCAUGCGGUGAAUGAGUUGUACAGGAGAAUCGCUGGGGAUCCGGGGGAGAUUUCGUUGAUCUUCGUUGGACCGCUGACAAAUUUGGCGCUGUGUCUUAAGAUGUACCCGAAGGUUAGUGGGAUGAUUAAGGAUCUGUACAUCAUGGGAGGGAAUCGCAACGGAGUUGGGAACGUGACCAAGUCUGCUGAGUUUAACUUUUGGGCUGAUCCGGAAGCGGCUCAUGUCGUGCUGAAUACCGUGCAGUGUCCGAUCACGGUGCUACCGUGGGAAACGUGCAUCACGCAGCACCAGUCGCUGCCGAUGAGCUGGAGAAUGGAUGUCGUAGGAAAUACGAAGAAUAGAGCGGUACAGAUGCUGAACCAGGUGGAGACCAAGUGCUACAGUCACUGGGACAAGUGGAUGCCUUGCGAUGCGUUUUUGGCGGCAGUUUUCAUCUGUCCGGAGAUUGUUGAACACUCGGAACAAUUUCACGUGGACAUUGAACUGACCGGCAGGCUGACUCGCGGCCAAAUGGUGCUGGACCACUUGAAGAAGGGCAAAGACACUACCCGGAUCGUUGACCGAAUUGACUGCGAGAAGUUCAAGCUGUUGAUGCUGUACAGCGCCGAUCAUGAUGUCGAAGCCAAGCUGUAGAAAUCGUUAUCAAUAAAAACAAGUUUACUCACU